UGUCAAACUCAGUUUUUCUGCUCCGCAAAGCGUAAAAGAUCCAUUCCCGUUUUCAGUGCUAGUGUGAAUUUGGUGCGAAAGUUUUUUCAAAAGUAAUCCACAAAAAUGGUCUCACUGAACCCGGUCCGUAUUCUGAAGAAUGAAGCCGAGGAGGAGAAGGGCGAAAUCGCUCGGCUGUCGUCGUUCGUGGGUGCAAUCGCCAUUGGCGAUCUGGUUAAGAGCACACUCGGUCCCAAGGGAAUGGACAAAAUCUUGGUCGCCCACGGGCGCAGUGCCGGACAGGUUGAGGUCACCAACGAUGGGGCCACCAUUCUGAAAGCGGUCGGUGUGGACAAUCCCGCUGCAAAGAUUCUGGUCGACAUGAGCCGCGUCCAGGACGAUGAAGUUGGCGAUGGAACCACAUCGGUUACAGUGCUAGCCUCGGAAUUGCUGCGGGAAGCAGAAAAACUGAUCGAACAAAAAUUGCACCCCCAGACCAUCAUUGCCGGUUGGCGUGCGGCUACACAAGCUGCCAGAUCUGCUCUGAUUGCUGCGGCACAGGACAAUUCUCAGAACGCGGAAAAGUUCCGGGAGGAUUUGAUGAACAUUGCUCGUACUACGUUGAGCUCGAAGAUUCUGUCACAGCACAAGGAGUACUUUGCCAAGCUGGCCGUUGAUGCCGUGAUGCGUCUGAAGGGAUCCGGUGAGAUGACAGCCAUUCAGCUGAUCAAGAAAACCGGUGGAACCUUGGAAGAGUCCUUCCUGGAUGAAGGUUUUCUGCUGGAUAAGAAGCCGGGUGUGCAUCAACCGAAGCGCGUUGAAAAUGCCAAGAUCCUGAUCGCCAACACUCCCAUGGAUACGGACAAAAUCAAGGUGUUCGGUUCCAGCAUCAAAGUCGAUUCCAUGGCCAAGAUUGCCGAUUUGGAGGUCGCCGAAAAGGAGAAGAUGAAGGACAAGGUCAACAAGAUCCUCGGCCAUGAGUGCAAUGUGUUCAUCAACCGUCAGCUGAUCUACAACUACCCGGAACAGUUGUUCGCCGACGCCGGUGUAAUGGCCAUCGAGCAUGCCGAUUUCGAUGGAAUCGAACGGCUGGCUCUGGUCACCGGAGGUGAAAUCGUGUCCACUUUCGACAAUCCGGAUUUGGUCAAACUGGGUCGUUGCGAUCUGAUCGAGCAGAUUAUGAUUGGCGAGGAUACAUUGCUGCGCUUCAGCGGAGUCCCGUUGGGAGAGGCUUGCACCAUUGUGAUCCGUGGAGCCACUCAACAGAUCAUCGACGAGGCGGAACGUUCGCUGCAUGAUGCUCUGUGCGUGUUGACCGCUACAGUGAAGGAGACUCGUGUUGUCUACGGAGGUGGUUGCUCGGAAACGUUGAUGGCUGUGGCAGUUUACAAGCUGGCUGCCGAAACUGCCGGAAAGGAAGCAAUGGCUAUGGAGGCGUUUGGCCGUGCCUUGCUUCAGUUGCCGAUUACGAUCGCCGACAAUGCCGGUUACGAUUCGGCACAGUUAGUGUCGGAACUCCGUGCCGGACAUUCACAGGGCAAAAACACUCUUGGGCUGAACAUGUACGAGGGCAAGGUCGGCUGCAUGAAGGAACUAGGAAUCACUGAAUCCUUUGCAGUGAAGCGACAAGUGCUGUUGUCCGCUUCGGAAGCCGCAGAGAUGAUUCUACGCGUGGACAAUAUUAUCAAGUGCGCACCCAGAAGGCGUGUCCCAGACCGCGGAUACUGCUAAACUACUCCUCACUUAGUUUCGUGUAUUAUCGCGCAUUUUGUAUCACUUACAUUACAGUACUUUCCGCUGUUCCUGUAUGUUUAAUCAUAUUAUAUUCACUAUCCAUCCCAGCUUUAUUUUUUGUUUCGUUAGAAAGCAGUCAAGAAUAAAACGAAUCGCGUUUUCUGCGCCUUAACUUAUGCAAACGCCCACUCAAUCAUCCAAUCUACACAACCAACAUUGCUUACGGUUUUUGCUUUGCACUUGCAAUCGGAGCGCUAGUCGUUUCUGGAUUCUGAAGAAAAC